AUGUCAAAAGAAUAUAAAGAAGGAAUAAAAUUAUUUAAGGAAUUAAUAAGUUGUUAUAAUAACAUAAGUGAAGAAGAAUUAGAUAAAAAAGCUAAUGAUGAUAUAAAUAAAAUAAUUGAUUUAGGUGAUGAUAUUAAUGAUCCAACAACAUGUAAUAUAUACAAAUGUAAAGAAAUUUUAUCAAAGUUAAAAUUAAUAAUAAUACAUUUGCCUUCAAUUGAUCCUUUAUUACCAAUAUGCAAAAAAAAUAUCAAUGAACUAUUACUAGCAAGGGAAGUAUUAGAAAAAGGUGUAAUAAUUUCAAUAAGAGAUAAAGAUAUUAAAUCAUUUAAUAUAUAUACAGCACAACUAUUUAUUUAUUAUUUUGAUUAUAAAGAUAUUUUACCGAAAAGUAAAAAACAAAAUGGUAUAUUAGGAGUAUAUCUAUUAUAUUUAUUAGCAUCGAAUUCAAUUGGAGAUUUUCAUAUGACUUUAGAAAUAAUACCUAUAGAAGAUCAAAAUGAUAAAUAUAUAAAGUAUGUUUUGGAGUUAGAACAACAUAUAAUGGAUGGAUAUUUUCAUUAUGUUUUAACAAGAAAAGAUGAAAUUCCAUUAUACUUAUACUCAUUAUUUAUGGAAAGGUUAUAUAGUACUAUUAGAUAUAAAUUAGCCGACUGUAUAUUUUCUUCUUCUAAUUCUAUCAGUUUAUUACAUGCUUGUGAAUUAUUAAAAUUUAAAAGUGAAAAUGAAUUAUAUGAAUUUAUCACAGCUUAUAAUGAAACUAAAACAAGUCAAGGAGAAAAUAACGUAAUAUGGGAAAUAAAAAAUAACAAAAUUUUUUUUAAUAAUAAAACUGUUAAUUCUCAAGAAGUACCCGCUUUAGAAAUAUUGAAUAAUACUAUUGGCUAUGCAACAGAAUUAGAAAGAAUUGUGUAA